AUGUUGACGACUAGAUAUAAUUGUAUGGCGCUUCACAAUAUCUACGGUGAAUUAGUGGCUCAGUAUGAACCAUCUAAGGAAAAGCCGGGCUCCUCAGAUCCCCGAAAAUGCCGACUUCAAAAAAGAAAAAGAAAACAGAAACCCCGAACUGCACCAAAGACUAAGAUGAUAAGAUCUCUGUAUGUCUCCACCACUCUGGAGCGUGAGAUCUUUAUCCUUAGUCGAGUUGCCAAGAUCAAGGGGUGGAACGUGGUCGAAAUCGAGACCGUGCAUUUGAAUAUUUGCGAAGUUGUGCCAUUCCUCCUUCGCGCAUUUCGCCCGCAUUUCAGACGCAAGAGGUCAUUUGGGGCGCCUGGCUCCUGA